AAAUAGUCGUCUUCUUCCUCUCAUAUUUGUAGCUUCACUACACACACCGCAAUUUUUUCAGAAUAAUACCAUCUUCCAUUCUCACCAAUCAGUAAGAUUCCUCAUUUGUUAUUUUUCUAAGAUUUAAAGCAUUCUUCUCCCAAAUUUUCAGUAUAGGGAUUCUCCUGACUCAGAAUUAUAUAUGAAAAAAAAGUUUCAGCAUGGUUCUUGAAAGAUCAAGACACUAGCUUUCCUUCUUAUAAGUCUACAAAGAAUUGAAUGGCUAGACCUCCAUUAUUCGUCACAAGCUUGUGCACUCGCCAAAACGUUAACUCCCCAAUCCGUAACCUUAGUAUUGCUGGAACUAAUAGUGGGGUUGAAGGUGAAGCUGCUGCGGAAAGUCCAGAUCAAUCAAGUCCAGAAAAUCAUCAAAGUGAGCAACAGAGCUUUGUUGAGAUAGCUAAAGAUGUGUGCAAAGUCAUACGGACACGACCCAGAUGGGAACAAAUAUUGUUAUCGGAUUUUCCCACUGUUAAUUUUACUGAUCCAAGAUUCUAUGCUGAGGUUCUGAAGGCACAAAAAAAUCCUCUGUUGUCACUUCGGUUUUAUUAUUGGCUUAGUUCUCAAAAUGGAUUUUUGAGGGAUCAGUUCUCUGAUGAAGUAAUAUUUAGUGGGCUUGUACAAGCCAAAGCUGCCAGUGCAGCCAAAUGUUUUCGGCAAAAGAUGAAAUUUGUGCCUCAACCUAGUUGUUUGGAGGCCUACAUUCAGUGUCUUUGUCAAAAUGGAUUGAUUGAGGAUGCCCUCGAUGUGUUUAUUGAAUUGAGAGGUGUUGGCCACUGCCCAUCAUUGAAAGUUUGGAAUUCAGCCCUUUCAGAUUCUAUUAGAGCUGGAAGAACUGACAUUGUCUGGAAAUUGUAUGAGGAUAUGAUAGAAUCUGGUGUUGUAGCAGAUGUAGAUGCAAUUGGGCACUUGAUUCAAGCAUUUUGUGUGGAGAACAAUGUUCCAAAAGGUCAUCAUCUUCUGCGACAGGUUUUGGAAGCUGGGCAUGCCCCUAGUAGUGUUGCUUUUAAUAGGCUGAUUUACGAAUCAUGCAAGAAUAGAGAUUACUUUAGACUGUCAUCUCUUCUUCAUUCAAUGAUUGCAACUAAUUGUUCUGUUGAUAUAUCCACUUAUCAGCAUGUUAUUCAGGGACUAUGUGAAACGAGAAAGAGGCGUGAAGCGUUUCGGAUAUUUAAUGAUCUAAAGAAUAGAGGCUAUGCUCCUGAUAUGGUUAUGUAUACAACGAUGAUUAAUGGUCUCUGUAAAAUGAAAUUGCUUGGAGAUGCCCGGAAACUAUGGUUUGAGAUGAUUCAAAAGGGAUUCAAUCCCAAUGUAUACACAUAUAACACAAUCAUCCAUGGGUAUUUAACAAACAACCAUCUAAGUGAAGCUGAAAGUCUUUAUAAGCAAAUGUGUGAGAAAGGACAUGGAGAGACCACUGUGACAUAUAAUACCAUGAUUUACGGGCUGUGUCUCAAUGGAAGAGUAGAAGAAGCUCACAACUUGUUUAAUAAAAUGGUCGAGAAAGGUGUUGCCCAUGAUGUGAUCACAUAUAAUUCUCUUAUUCAGGGUUUCUGCAAGAAUGGGAAGAUAGCUGAAGGUCUUCAGUUUUUAUAUGAACUGUUAAAGCAGGGGUUGCAACCAUCACCUGCAUCUUAUACAGUGCUAAUUGAGAAACUUUGUGAUAUUGGCCAUAUUUUGGAAGCGAAGUCAUUGUGGAACGAUAUGCAGGAUAGAGGUGUCAAACCUGCAGCAUCAACUCACGAUUCUAUCAUACUUGGAUUGAUCAAGCAAGGAUAUGUGACAGAGGGGCUAGAUUGGUUGAGUAGUAUGAUGAAAAGUAGUCUCAAACCAAGGAGAAAAACUUUUGAGAAACUGAUUUAUCAUCUUUCUCAAGCAGAUAAGUUGGAUGACUCUUUAUCCAUUUUAGAUUACAUGCUUAGGUUAGGUCAUGUUGUCAGAGAACGUAUUUUGUGUUCUCUAGUAACUAAACUUUGCAAAGAUAAUUCCCGCCAUAUUGAGGUGCAACUGGGAUAUAUUGUCUGAGCAAUUCAAGAUGGUUGAUGUCUUUUAAAGAUUGCAACACUUUUAAGUUUCAUCUUUUCUAAGGCCAAGUUGGAAGAGAAGAUUUAUUUGCUUUAUACAUCUUGAUCAUGCGACUUCCACUUUUUCUGAUGUAACUUUAUGUUGUAUUUUGGUUAGUCUUAUUGAUUUAUGAUUUUAGGCUGAAGCUUCAUCAUCGAUUCUUUUUUUCCCUCUUGAGAAAUUCCCUGGGGUAGCUGGCCUAGCUUCAGUUGGUACACAUAUUUGGAACACGGAAAGUAAGGAUCCGCUCCUACCUCCUCCCACUUAAACACUACCAAGAUUCAGCUAUUGAUAGGGCUCAAAUUCGUGGCUUGCACUACUACUCAUUCCACACUGAUGUUCUAUUACCACUUACAGUGAAUUUGAUGAUGGAUGCACUGACACUUCUUGAAGGUGCCUAUGAUCAUGGAAGGAUGAUUCAAGUUAGACAUACUGAUGAAGGCUAAAAAAGGAAUGAGGUCUCCUCAUUCAUCUCCUAAUGUGCUUCCUCAGGUAGAAGUCAAUUUUGUCCUACAAGAUUCUAAAAGGUACAAUAAAUGACAUCUUUCUGAUAAUGCUGACUACUUUUGCUUUGAUAAGCGCAAUGGAUGACGACGACAAUGAUUUCUUACGGGAGAAAUAUAUCUUGCAGUUUUUCUUAUUAAAAACUAAUUUGUUGGCCACCUAUGCUUUAAAUUCUCUCAUACAUUGAGUAACCAUCUGUAUAGGCUUCUCGAUUAUGUCCAUAUCAAACUUGUAAUUUCAACAAAAAGUGAUGGAAGGCAAGUGACAAACAAAUUACAUGUUUGUUAAUUAACAAGAUGAACUCUUUCUCUAGUUGUGGCUAAUUUAGUGUAGAUAGCUGGAAGUUUACAAGUUAUGAUGGGAGCAUCCUGAUGGCCUGCAUUAUGGUUAAACGAAAAGUGAUGGAAGACAAGUGACAAACAAAUUUCAUGUUCGUUAAUUAACAAGAUGAACUCAUUCUCUGUUGUGGUAAUUUAGUGUAGAUAGCUAGAAGGUUACAAGUUAUGAUGGGAGCAUCUUGAUGGCCUGCAUUAUGGUUAACUCCACAUAAAGUUGAAAGUAGAUUUAGAAAUUGUGUGUAGCAAUUUGAGAUGGCUCUCCAGAAAAACUGUAGUCUAUUUUUAUCAGGUUACUGAAAUUUAGGAAAAUGAAAGGGGAGGGAGCCUUGGAGUAACUGGUAAAGUUGAUUCCAUGUGACCAAGAGGUCACGAAUUCAAGCCGUGAAGCAGUAAGUAGGGUAAAAUUGCGUACAAUAAACCCUUCGGGUUCGAUCCUUCCUCGGACCCCGACAUAGCCGGAGCUUUAGUGCACCAGGAUGCCCAUUUACUAAAAACUGGAAAAAUGAGAGUAUGUUCUUUCUAGAGGAUCUCUGUGUACGUUUCCAUGUUUUUCCUGGGUAGAGGAACAACUUGAUGGCUUAUUCUUUAAGGCAAUCCAAGAAGAUGAGGUCCUCUGGAUAAAAACAUUCUGCAGACAUGUGCCAGAAACUAUUGUACCACAGCAGAUAAUUUUAGUUGAUAAUGUCCAAGUCUAAGAAGAUGAGGGUCUCAUGUGAACACCUAUUGCUGAUAGUAUAGGAAAAUAUGAGUAUCUAAGAAACAAAACAGUGAGGCAAGAUUGUUUUGGAUAUCCUGUGUUUUUUAAUUUAAUUGUUCAUGUCGUCUGCGUCUCCUCCCAAAUAGAGGUCAAAUGAUCCUCCUGACUCUAGAUCUACAGUCCUCAAUCUUUGGGGUAUCAUGUCAAAGCUGAAGUCGAUUCAAUUAGCCAAUAAAUUUCCCGGUUGCAAAGGACCAAGUUAUAGCUUUAUUUGAUCAAGUUCCCUUGGUCAUUGUUGUUUUCUUCACACCAGCCAAUGGAACCGUUCAAUCAGUGAGAUUCAAAGUCCUAUGUGUUCUCCUAGUCCUGAGAUUGUUUGCUCAAGUCUAGGUAGGAGUACAAGAGAUGUUCUAUAGUGAAGUACCUCAAAAUAGUGGCAAGUUGAUGACACAAGUUCUGGGAUGAUAGAGAUACUGUUGUGCUGCAGAGGUUUGCGUAGGUUGAACUCUAUAAUUCAAUGUACAGGGAUGAUAUCUUGGUUACUUUUGGGUUCCAAUAUUGGUAUUGCCAACCAAAAUCACGUCGUGGAGAGUUGUCCAAUAAUGUACUUCAUAGGUAGUACCAAUAUCAAGUUGAUGGAUCUCAAGCUAGGUUAUGAUAUCAGCUGGCAGUUGAUGGAGUUCAGCUAAUAGCAGAAUUAGUAGAGUUUUAAUAGAGUCAUCCCUCUCUUCUAAAAACUAUCCUGGCUAAGGGCCACUUCAUUGACUAAAAUCCAGCAGAAAAAUGCCACUUCGCGGAGCUUUUUUCCUCCACAUUUGUCUCUGUAGCUGUGUUCCUACUUCAACAGAAGAAGUGAUCAAGCUCUUGUUAUAAGAGUUAACAGCAAAAGAUCUAGUUUUUUGUAGCUUCCAGACUAGUGAGUCUGUCUUUCUUCUAGGGCCUGCGCUGUUUCACAGUUAUAGUUGCUGCAAUUUCUAUUGCAUCGCCAUACCUUUCUAUAAGAGUUAACGGCAAAAGAUCUAGUUCUUUGUAGCUUCCAGACUAGUGAGUCUGCCUUUUCUUCUAGGGCCUGCGCUGUUUCACAGUUGUAGUUGCUGCAAUUUCUAUUGCAUCGCCAUUCCUUUUCUUUGCUGCUCGCGUUACAGUCAGCUUACUAUACGUUAGGUUGUCUUCUUCUCUAUAGUGCAUUUAGGAGCUAAGCAUUCUAACCAGAAGAUGCUGGUAAGUGGUAACUGAAUGCAUGUUCGAUUGAAUUAUUAUUUUGAAAUUGGUAUUGUUUUGCCAGGUUAAAAAGCUUUUUAAGGAAAAGAGAAAGGAGAAGGAAAUAGUGAAUACGGAUUAUAGGACUUGAGGUGUGUUAUGUGUAUAUAAUCUGCUGCUAUUUUUAGUAGUAACCUGCAUAUCACUGUAAAAAAUAUAGUAUUGAUCUUAGCAUUUUAAAGCGAGGAGCUAUUUCCAGAUUUGGAUAUCUUUCUUGCUCUUAUAAAUUUGGAAUAUGGAGGGGAUUAGACAAGUGAAGACGAUCACUGAAAAAAAUAGUUGAUAGAAAAACAAUGUUCUCCCUAUGCUUGAACAUUCUGAAGCAAUGAACUAUUCAUAUAUCUGCUAUCUCUUGUUGCUCUAUUACCUAAGGAGUUCCAGAGAAAAAUUUAAGUAUGCCAAAAUGAAUGUUCUAAUUCUUGUCUACUUCAGAUCAACGUCAUCAUUUUCUACUUUACUUUACUUCAACUCUUUCGCAUCUUUUGAAAGCAGCUUGCACAAUUCAUCAGUCAAGCCUUCAAUGUUUAUGUGUACCCCAAAACCAGGGUCUUGAGAGGGCUCAUCAUCCUCGGAAUCAGAGUCGUUGAAUGCUGUUUCUAUCUUUUUGUGCAUGCGCUCUAGAAAACUUUCAUCAUCCCUCAACUUCUUGUCAUUGUUUCUCUUUUGCAUCUCCAUUUCCUCUUCUGAUGAUGUGUCUGAAUUCAGGUUAAACAUUUCUUUCAACUGUUCGUGAGUGAGUUCACUCGAUGCAGAAGUUCCAGCUGAAUCAUACUUAUGUGGUUUACAAGUCAUUAUUUCCUUGUCCUCUUUGAAUGUCUCUGAAAUUGAUAAAAGAAUAUCAUAUAGAUGAUAUGUAUGUUUUGGAUUAAUCAAUCAAACAAAGAAGUUGCUACUAAAUACCUUCAUCAUUGGUAUUAAAGAAUGUGUGAAGCUAAUUGUUGGAAUUAAUUGAACACUUCCAAUUGUUGAUGGAUAAAAAUAGUCCUAUUGGAGAACUGUGCACAAAUAUCAAGGUGAAAAAGAACAUCUGUAAACUGUCAGCAAAAAUUUUAAGUCAUCUACAACCCCUUAAAGUUGUUUGAAAAAUUCACUUAAACACUUCAACCUAGCUUUGUUUUUAUUGAACUCCAUUAUCACUGCACAUUUGAGUCAUUUAAACACUUUUUGCCCACAUGGCACGUUGACUGUUGUUCACACCUCACUGGGCGUGUGGAUCAGCCUUUCAACAUCUUUUUAAUUUUUUCCCAAAUGUUCUUUUUUUCUUUCUUAUUAUUUGUAUUUCGGAAAAUGGUCUAAUAUACCCUUCAAGUUUGGAAAAUGGUCCACAAAUAUCCUUCUUUCACCUUUAGACUCAAAAAUACCCUUUCACUUAACAGUUAACACGUGUCAAUUUAUUAUUGGUUAGAAAUUUAAUUAAUUAAUAAUUUAUUAUUAUUAAUAAAAAAAUAAAUGACCCAACCAGAUCCCACUACCCCACCCAACUAAAAACCCGAUCCGACUAAAUAUCUUAUGAAAAAAUCGGAUCAUAACAUCAAAAGGGGGAAAACACUUUACAGCAUAGCAUCCACUACUCUCUCUUAGUAAAAAAAAAAUAAAAUCAAAUCACGCUAUUCAAACUUGGAGCUGCGAUUUAUAGAUCGUUGAUCCGGUGGUCUUCUCCGAUUAAUCUGAUCAGUAAAACACUUUUGUUUUCAAAUAUUUAUUGAAGAAUGAUUGAUAAAGUGGACUUGGUAUUUCAUUAUGGGGGAAAGUGGGUUCUAUCUCCUCAACUAGUCUACAUCAAAAAACUAAGUCAGUCUUGGAAAGAAUAUGCUAUUGAUAUGUUGUCAUAUAUUGAUAUAUAUGUAGAGUUCAUAGAAACGUUUGGUUUUAAGGCUGUAAAGCAGCUCCUAGUAACAGGACCUACCGGUAGGUAUUUUAUGCUUAAGGAUGAUUCAAGCAUUAGGACAUUGCAAUCUAUUUUCUCUUAUGAUUUCAGAGUGAUUCAACUGUUUGCUGUAGAUGAGGGUGAAACUCCCGUUAUUGCUCCAAAUAUCUCUCUGAUUAAUGAGCCUACAGUGAAUACAAUAGAUAUUGGAAUUGGAACCGAUUGUGAAUCAAGUGAGGAGGAGGAAAAUAAUGAACCUAUUCCUAGUGAUUAUAGUAGUGAAGAGUUGAAAGUGUUCAGGAAGGAAAAAAAAAUAGAGAAAUCAAUGACAGAUUAGAUAGGUUCUUAGAGUUGGACAAAGGUAUGUGCUUUAAAAAUCUUAAAGAAGCUAAAAGAAUCGUGAGCUUUUAUUGUAUCGCUAGGAAGGUUGGACUUAAAGUUGAUAAAAGUGACAAAACUAGAUUGAAAUGUGUGUGAUGUUGGAUGUCCCUUUGAGUGUUUGAUUUCUGAAGACAGGAUCAGGGGUUCAAAAUUAAGACCUUGAAUGUAGAACACAUAUGUUGGCCAGCUUUGAAGAAUAGAAGAGCUACUCAAGAUGCUUUAGUUCACUACUUUAAGAAAAAAAUUCAAAAUAAUCCGAAGUACAAGGUCUCAGACAUGGCAAGAUAUAGAUGAUAAUUUUUCAUUGAAUGUUAGUCUUUCAAAGAUGAAAAGGGUUAAGAGGCUUGUGUUAGAGAAAUUGGAGGGUAGCUACAUUGAUGAAUUCAAUAAGUUGGAAGGUUAUGCUCAAGAAUUGAGGGAUAGCAAUCAUGGUACUGAUGUGGUCAUAAAUAUAUCUAAAGAAGCUUUGAAACAAGGAAAAAGAAGAUUUCUAAGAAUGUAUGUGUAUUCAAGCCUUGAAAAAUGAUUGGAAAGGGGGUUUGAGGCCAUUUAUAGGGUUGGACGGUACUUUUUUGAAGGGGAUAUGUAAAGGAAUCUUAUUGGUUGCACUUGGACAAGAUUCAAUGAAACACUUCUAUCCUCGUUGAGUUGCUGAGAAAUUUCUUAGAGUUGACAGAUGGUGAAGGAGUGACAUUCAUGUCUGAUAUGCAAAAGGGGCUGCUGGAUGCUGUUGCUCAAGUCUUUCCCAAGGCGCAUCAUAGAUGGUGUGUAAGACAUAUAGAAGCAAAUUGGAGCAAGAUUUGGAAGACUGUAGAAAUGAAGAAGUUACUAUGGUGGUCUGCUUGGAGCACCUAUGAAGAAGAAUUUCAUGAUCAAUUAAAGAAUAUAGGUAGUGUGUCUGAACAAGCUGUCGAGGAUUUGUUGUGGUAUCCUGCACAACAUUGGUGCAGGGCAUAUUUUGACACAAUCUGCAAGAAUCAAGGAUGUGAUAAUAAUUUUACAGAGUCAUUCAAUAAAUGGAUUCUAAAGGCAAGGGCGCAACCUAUAAUCAAGAUGUUAGAAAAUAUUAGAAUUAAGGUAAUGAAUAGGUUGAAAGAACUUGAUGAGGAGGGUAGAAAGUGGAAAGAAAAUUUCAGUCCAUAUGCUUUGGAACUGUAUAAUGAUUACUUGAUCAUUGCACAAUCUUGUCACAUUCAUUCUAAUGGAGACCAAGGUUAUGAGGUGGUUGAGGGAGAAGAUCGACAUGUUGUGAAUCUUGCUAGGAAGAAGUGCACAUGUAGAACGUGGGACUUGACAGGUAUUCCAUGUCCUCAUGCCAUUAAAGCCUAUCUUCAAGACAAACAAGAACCAAAAGUUCGUUUGCACCCGUGUUAUUUAAAGGAGACAUACAAUUUAGUGUAUAUGCAUAAAAUACAACCUGUUAGAGGUGAGAAAUUCUGGAAAAUUGAUCCUUCUCGUGCUAUGGAGCCACCAGAAAUAGUUAAAAUGGUAGGUAGACCAAAGCUUAAGAGGAAAAGAGAAAAAGCUGAGGGAAGAAAGAGGGAGGGGGUGUGGUCAGCUUCAAGAAAAGGAUUGAAAAUGACAUGGACAUUGUGGUGACACUGGUCACAAUCAAAGAAAAUGUCCUUUGCUUCAAAGAUCAGCACAAACAGCCCAAGAUGUGGUAGUUGCAGCACCCCUAGCGAGUCAAGAAUCUAUCAGUGUCUUCAUGCCUACUCCUGAUUUUAUUUGUUCUUCCAGUCAACAGAAAAGCCUCUUUGCUGGACUUUCAAAUUCAAAGACAUCAAUCAACCUAUUACAUCUUUAAGUGUAGUUUCUGAUGAAGAUGAUGAAUCUGAGGAGGAGGAUCAGACAAUUCUAAAGCCUAAGGCAAUAUCUGAAGAAAAGACUAGGCUUCGACCAACUGGUACUAGGAGAAUUGGCUUCAAGGGAGAUGAAAAUGGCGCGAGUAUGCCCACUAAUUUGCCAUAUUCACCAAGAAAACUUACUUGGAAAGGCAAAAGAGCUACGACUUCAAAUCAGUUGACAAUUGAAAAGAAAAAAUUGUCAAACUAAAGACAAAGAGGGGCGGCAAGCAGUAGGUAACUGCAUUAUGUAGUUGUUUUAUAGUUUUGAUAUUUUUCUGGUUUUUUAUGUUAAUCAGAUUUGAAAGUUGUAUUUGGAAUCAUUUAUCAAUACUUUGUAGUUUUUGAACAAUAUCGUUAUAUGAGAAUGCUAUUGGAAGCUGGGAACAAGUUAGUUUUUUUCAA